AUGGCAGAAUGUGAGGCCAAGCGUGGAGCUGGCGAUCAGGUGAUACGGGUCCUUGGGGAUCACGCGACGGAAGAGCGCAGGGCAGGUGGUGGGUCGGCCGCCACCAAGGUCUGCGGCAGGUGGGGGGCAGCGGCUGACGCACCUCUCUGGGGUCUUCAGUUCACGCUUCUCCAGCCUGCAGGCUCUCCUCGCUGGAAGCGCUCCGUUUCCGUCCUCUCCUCGGUGACCGCGAUCCAAGAAGUUCCCACGCGCCCCGCAAGUUCAUCCAAGGCGGCCGAGCGCGUCCUGCCGGGCGCUGGAGAGUGUGCGGCCUCCGAGGAAGACCUGCCCCGGAGACCGGAAUGA